AUACUAUUUUUUAAUUACAAAUUUUUGAUUUUUAAAUUACGCUUAUUAAUUUAAAUUAAACAAAUUUCUUUUUGGAUUAAUAAAAUCAAUAAAUAAUGGCACCACCACAAUUAAACAACGAAUCUGGAUCCAGCAACAACAGUUGCAGUAAAAUGCCAACACAAUAUUCUGCAGCAAAAGCCACUUAUACAAAUGCAACAGCCGUUUACAAACCGUAUCGUCAAUUUGCUCCACUAUUGGUAAUAUUCGUGGGUUUACCAGCACGUGGUAAAAGUUUAUUAGCACGUCGUUUAGCCCGUCAUUUUAAUAUAUGCAGUGAAGAAGCAAAAGUAUUUGACGUCACAGAAUAUCGUCGUAAAUUAUUAUUUCCGUAUGCAAGUCAUGAGAUGUUUCGUGCUGAUAAUGUUGAAGCCUUACGUGUUCGUCAACAAAGUGUUCGUGAUGCAAUGAACGAUGCUGCUAAAUGGCUUCGAGAUGGACAUUCAAUAGCUAUUUUGGAUGGACCAAACGUAACAAAAGCUCAACGUCAAGAAGUUUACGAUUUAUUCGUUGAACAAUUAAAUUUCCGUGUUAUGUUCAUCGAAUGUGUUUGUGAAAACAAAGAAAUGUUAGAACGUAACGUUAAAGAUAUCUUAAUACAUUCACCCGAUUAUCGGGAUAUGGGAACAGAGAAAGCAUGUACCGAUUUACGAUUAAAACUAACACAUUAUAAGGCACAAUAUGAAUCGUUGGAACAUGGCGGUUACACUGAAGUACCAUGUGCUACAGCAACCGUCAUUGAUGGUGGACUUGGUGGAGUGGUCGCACACGGUGUUAAAGGUAUCAAGGAAGCUUCCGUGUUGUCAUAUAUUACAAUUCCGAAAGUUACAAAUCAACAAGUUUUAUAUUUUUCACGGCACGGAGAAAGUGAAUACAACGUGCUUGGUCGUAUUGGUGGGGAUGCUAAUUUAAGUCCACGCGGGAAAAAAUACGCAAUUGCAUUAGCACGACACGUAAACGCAUUAGGAUUACGUGGUCUACAAGUAUGGACAUCACGCUUACGUCGUACUCAAGCAACAGCAGCCGGUGUGAACGCACCCAAACAGAUAAUCCCCGAAUUAAAUGAAAUUGAUGCAGGAAUUUGUGAGGGUUUAACUUACGAAGAAUUGCAAGAUCAAUAUCCAAUUGAAUUCUGUGAACGUGACAAAAAUAAAUUGGAUUAUCGUUAUCCACGUGGUGAAUCCUAUGUGGAUGUUUUAAAACGUUUACAGCCAAUGCUUCAAGUCUUGGAAUCCGAGACGAACGUAUUAAUUGUAUCUCAUCAAGCCGUCUUACGUUGUGUUUUGGGUUAUUUCUUGGAUGUACCACAUGAGAAAAUUCCAUACAUAAAGGUUCCACUUCACACAAUCAUCAAGUUGACGUUGGAAGGACACAGUUAUCGAAUGGAAACAAUUAAAAUGCCAAUUGAUUGCGUUGAUACCACUCGAGAAAAACCAUUGAAUUGUUCACCAACUCGUACAGCUGCGGAAGCCUUACAAACUGUUCCGCAACACUUUGAAACACUUUCUAUUUAAAAUUAAAAAAAAAACACGUAACAUUCAAAUUGGAAAUGAGUUUUUGUAAAAUUUUCUUUGAAAAAUUUUGUAUUUAGUCCACAAAAAAUUUUUUUAGAAAACAAAUUUCGUAGCUGUGUGCUUGGAGUUAUAAAAAACAUCGUCGAAUACUUAGGGUUGAUUUUAGUUCUUAUUCAACAUACUUAGGUUUUACCCUUUUUUGUAUUAAUCACCCCUUGGAUUUUCAAGAAGGGCUAGAUUACUUUUUUCAACUUAUUGUGAAUCGAUAAGAAUUUUUUUGUAAAUUUCUAUCUUCUUCUAAGUGCCUAAACUUUAAAAUAAAUUUUUAUUGUAGUUAAUAAAGAUUUAAUCAGCCCGGAUCCAGCUGGGAAUAAUUGGGGGGCAAUUUAUUAAUUGCAACCCCCUCCCUACCGCGGAUUCGCGCAAAAUUUAAUUAAUCACAAUCAAAUUUAAAAAAUAAAAUAUACUUAUUAAUAAUUAAUGUUACUACAUUUUUUAUUAAUUAAGAGAAAUUUAAAUUGAAAUUAAAACAAAAUUAAAAAAAAUUACGUUUUAUUUCAAAAUGGCUACCGGUGCGUCAACCUCCUUUGGUGCGUAACUGGGAACCAGAAUGCGUAAGGAUACUGAAAACUUUUUCUACGUCUUCAAAAUUUUCGAAUUGUGCCCUUUUCAUAAUAUAGUAGACUUUCCUUAAAGCGAAUAAGUUAUAAAUUAUCGAUUGGGAGGUUAAAAAAGGAGAUAGAUAGAGGAAAAUUCAUUUUGUGAUUUGGGCCUUAAAAUACAGCUGGGAUCAAAAGUUACUACCUAUUGAAAACAAAAGAUUGAAUGGGUAGUGUGACUUUAGGCCAAUCUGUAUAUUGAAUUGUAAUAAUUCUAACUUAAAACAAAAAUCAUUUUAAAUUAGCGUCUCAAAAAUACACAAAAAAACACGAUUUAUUUAAAAUGAAUAAAAAUAAAAAAGCAAGACUGAAAUGACUAAAACAAAAAAAUAAACAUGUUAUAUUUUUUAAUAAUGAUUGUUCAAUCUUAUUGUCUUUUUAAUUAAUUAAUGUUCAAUAAUUUGACUUAUUAAAGCCCAUUUUAAUCAUCUCUGUUUAACUGUAACCAUUACCUUUCCUAACAAAUCGUGAUGAAAUUAUUGUGAAAAUAAGUUUAUCCAAAGUAAUGUGAGGAGGAAAGGGAUUAAUAUGUUUUAUCCCAGUUGCAAAUCGGAUAAACGAGGUUUUACCAUAGAGAUAAUAUCAUAGAGCUGCAAAGUCGCUGCCAAACGAUUGAUCACAGUAAAGAGAGAUAGAUAUACGCCUAUAAAUGCAUGUCUCUUUGUAUAUCUCUCACUGCUAUGGGUAGUUUACAAUAAUUAAUCCACGGUUAAAGUUAAACAGAGUUGAUAAAAGUGGACCCAAAUUAUAUAUAUAAAAUAUUUUUUGUUAAAUAUUGAGCAUAAAAUUAUGAGUGAAUAACGGAUUUAUUUUAGAAUAUUAUAUCUUUAUUCUGUAUCGAUGCAGAUAUUUUACUUUAAAAAC